UCCAAUCAAUUAUUACCGUAAAGGGGGAAAUUCGAAGCUAAAGUUGAAGUUCCAGGGGAAAUGGGAAAUAAGCCACGCCGCCAACCAAUAAACAGAGUUGAAGUCGACGAGGAGGUGAGGACAGAGCGUCCCCAGAAAAAGCAGCCAACGUCAUGGCCCUUCUGGCGUCUGCUCUACUGGCUGGGAGUCCUGAUCCUGGUGGCCAGCAUCGGAGUGGGCAUGUACUUCACCCUCAAGUCGGACUUUGGCGAGUGCUCCGCCUACGACGUGCGCUGCGAUUGAAAGCUCCCGGCGAUAUACGAAAUUUCAGAGAGAUGCCAGUAGUACUGGCUUUUCACAGCCUCAGUUCAAUUAGACUUCAAUUAAUUAGGACUGCUGUUUGCUGGUGGAGACCAUUAUUCUUAAAUGAACAAAGCCGGAUUUUAAAACCAGGAGGUCACGGGAUCGAUUAAUUUUGAAAUAUUAUGUUAUUCUACUCGAUGUGAUCAUAAUCAUAGCCCACAUAUUCUGCUUAUAUGAUAUAUACUCUUUAAGAUCACUAAAUAUAGUCAAUUUUGGAUUUAUUUGUAAAAUUCCUGUCAUACCAACAAAUACUUAUGGUAUUACUUUUUCGUUUUGCUAUGAAGCAUUAAGUUUCCUUAUUAUAUUCCUAUCAGCUCAUUGCAUUCCCUUACGUUUUAUAUAUGGACUCUUCCAGCCAGAUAUUAAUUAAGGCCCGACCUCCCACUCACCCACCCUCUUCAUUGUUAACAAAUACAAAAGCAAGGACGAAGCCACACUAUAUCCUGUUCAACAUGCAUAUACGAUUUGUGUAUGUAGAUGAGUGUAUCUGUGAUGCUAUUCAAACUUAUUGGAGCGCUUCCUUUUGAUGGCGUCCUGGUUGACUCCUCAAUGGCGAAAUACUUUUUAGUUGAAUGAAGCUUGUGAAUGCACAUAUUUGGGCAUAAAUAAAAACACCAUUUUGGUGCUCGGUCGAUAUUUA